GCCAGCACAGAAGGCGUGACGUACAAGGCUAGUGGGAAAAGAGAUAGGAGCCGGAGAGUCCAGCCAUGCUGACCGCAGCCAGCCUCGAGUCCCUGCUACUGCAGAUGCUGGACAGGCUGGACUCGCCGUCCCCAGCCAGCGGGCGUCAUCGAGGACGCCAACGCGGCGGCGGCAGUCGUUUCUCGCUUCGCGCAGAGAUCAGGACGCUGGACCUGUGGCGCGCCGUGGUGGGCGAGUGCCUGGCCACCUUCUUCUACGUGUUCCUCGUGUGCGGCGCGCACGUGUCGUGGCCCGGAUACGCCGAACCUUCGGUGCUGGCCAUCUCGCUCGCGACUGGAGCCGCUGCGGCGGCGGUGGUGCAGUGCUACGCGCGCGUCUCCGGCGCCCACAUGAACCCGGCCGUGACGCUCGCGGCGUUCGCGACGCGCAAAGUGAGCUCGCUUCGUGCCCUGCUCUACGUGACGGCCCAGUGCGGAGGAGGCAUCGCCGGAGCCGCCCUGCUCUACGGUGUCACGCUUCCGGGUCACCGGAGUUCUCUGGGAAGCAGUCGUCCCCACGAGGCACUGGGCGCCUGGCAGGCGUUUGGCGUCGAGUUCGCUAGUUUCCUCCUCGCCUCCACGGUGUUCGCCACACGAGACCCCCACCGGUGCCACCUGUCUACGGGAGGCGCGGACGCACUGGUCGUCGGGUUCGCCUAUCUCACCUGCACAUUGGCCGGGCUACCAGCUUCGGGAGCUUCGCUGAACCCGGCUCGUUCUCUCGGGCCUGCCUUUGUCAUGAACAAGUGGAAAAAUCAUUGGGUGUACUGGUUCGGACCCGUGGCAGGAGGCCUGCUGGCCGGUCUCAUCUAUGAGUACAUCUUCGACACGAGAAGAUCGAGUCGGGAAGUGGGGAGACGGAGCGUCGAGGAUCCUGACAAAGAAUACCGACUGGAGGACGACUACGAGGACUCGUCCGGAUCGAAGAACGCAAAGUACGCGACCGUGUCGCAGAGCCUAAACGGAGGGGUCGCCUCUGGGAGCACGGCGCGACACGCCCGAGCAGCGAAGGCCGUCCGCCAGCAGCAGCAGCAACAGCAGCAGCAGCAGCAGCAGCAGCAGGUGCAGCAGUACGAUGCCGGUUGCUUCGGUCGGCCUUCUGCGAACACCUAUUCGCCCACGCCUUCGCUGGCCUUUCCGUCUUCCACUGAGGCGGCCUACGCGAGCACGCUGGCAGCUGCAAACUGCACGGCGCAGAUCUAUGACCUGGAGAUGCCUUCUGGUCACUUCCGGCGCGCCUGGAGUACGGACAAGGAUCUUGACCUCCAAGACUCCAAGCUGUAUAUAUAAUGUACAGCGCCAAUGCGCACGACUUAUUGGAGCGGGUAAGGUGCCGGUUGUUCCAAGGAAGAAGCCGACGAUGAUGUAUAGGAAAUGCACGAUCCGCUACUUUUCCCUCAUGGACAACGAAUCAUUUGCUUUUUUUUCGUCGGGGUAUUUCCAAACGGCUGCGGCGUGGGGCGAGGCCAUCACCGAGAGAACUGGCCUCAUCAAAGGCCUUCGUCAGCCAAGGGAGUUGUUCUUCACUCGAAACACUAUGUGGUUCCAAGGAGAAGUUUAGAAAAGUUGGUAUUGGUGUGCUAUAGACCGAUGAAGGGAUCGCCAUAUGGAUCACGUGAGCGCACGCUACCGACGCAAAGCCCAAGCUCUUCACUGUUGUCAUUUGCGAGAAGACCCAGAAGUUGACGUCCUCAGCGCUCAUCGCAUCGUUUCCGGUUCCUCGGUUCCUCGAAGAAUUGUGUGCAGUGUUCGACAUUGUGUAUAGAUGGAAGAUUAUCGUGACUGCAGUGCAUAGAAGCUCAGUGAAAAGUGACUCUACGCCUCGCCUUUGACAUCGCUGUGCUGCAUACCGUUUCGUUUCACCGGCGUGUUGGUAUCAAGAACAAUGUAUCACGUGACUGAGCGCGAAGGCAGAUUCAAAGACACAGUCUGCUCACGUGACUUGCAACGUUAACGCUGCGUUCGUAAGCUUGUUCCGAGUUGGAAGACUGACUAGCGAUGUGACGUCAUCUCCGGUCAAGCUCGGUGACGGCCGAAAAAUUCGGUAUUCAAUAUUGAUCCACAAAACCACACGGCAAUGUGUUCCAAAGCUCUUCAGAGCACAUUCUGAUUGAUUAACACAUUUUAUUGGCGCUAAGGCCGCGUACGGCCAAAGAGCGCCUGGCCCGUGACACUAAAGAGCAGUUCUCGAAAAACUCCACCACAGAAAGACAUUUCAACUCCCUGUCAUCUGGCGUAAUUGAAAUGAGUGAACUUGAUUGGUUGGUACGUCCGCACGAUUUUUCGUGGUUAGACAGCUGUGCGUCCGCCACUACAUCUUUAUAUCGUUGUCGAAUAUGAGUUCACUACAUCAUGCAAUCGCGAAAGCAAUGUGCCCAUAUUAUCAAACAGAAAUCAUGUAAUAUCUGAAGUUUUAAAUCCCACCUGAACGGGCGAGCAUUCCUUUUAUUUUCUUUUUCUUUACAAGCGUUACAAUUACAUUUUAUUUGGAACUAAUUUCUAUCUGCAAGAUGUAAGUGCAGAGAGGCCACGGACGUACAUAUCAUUUGGUGUUUUGCGGCCAAUGUGGUCACGUUAAGGGCAGAUAGAGAUGUGUUGGGAAGUGCAAUUUUAUAUUUUACAGCGUUCACCGGUGAGUGUUCCUCAACUCCCGCUCAUCAAACUUCGAAGUCGUCGUUUUUUUUGUUUUUGUUUUUUGGUGACACACACUGUAUGCAUUCCAAACGACGAACUGCAAACGAUGCUCACUGAUCUCUGGUGACCCCACCCCGUGAACUUUAAGCUCAACGCCCGCCGUGCCCCGACCGUAAUCCAGACUACGCAUGAAACUUUUGUGGGACUGCACGAACUGCAGCGAAACGACUCCAAGUCCUAUACUCACCACCGUGAACCUCAAUUCAGUGCAAUACAGAGACUUGCCUACGGACUCACCUGUGCUUUAGGCGUUCAUAACCACCUGCAGCAUUCAACCUUGGUUUUUAUCAUCAUCAAACUGCUGUACUAUACCUAUAGCAGCAGCGCUGUUUUGCGUUGCGAUCUGGUUGAAGAUGCCCAGCAGUCUGAUCUUUGUGACUCUCAUUCCUUCUUCUUUUAAUUAUUGUUAUAUGUUAUUUUCACGUACCUCGCUAAAUCUUAUAAACGAAUUCACUGCUACUACCACAGCUUGUGACAUAUUUCAGCCUGGCACUGUAUAAAGAGGUGUGUUAGGAGUUGUUGCUUUCUCUUUUUUUUUAUAUCUGUUAAUUCGUGGAGAUACUACUCAAUGCACGAAUAAAACAGUAGAAAACCGCAGCGCUGCUGACGCUGAAGAACAACUUCUUUCUUUUUUUCAACAAUAAAUAGACUCUAGUUCCG